UUUGGCAAAGCUUCGGUGAGCAGAAAAAAUGUCCACUCGCUACCACCAAGCUGCUAGUGAUAGCUACCUGGAACUUCUGAAAGAGGCUACCAAGAGAGAUCUGAAUCUUUCUGAUGAAGAUGGCAUGACUCCCACACUCCUGGCAGCCUACCACGGGAACUUGGAAGCCCUAGAAAUAAUCUGCAGCAGAGGAGGGGAUCCUGAUAGAUGUGACAUCUGGGGAAAUACUCCCUUACAUUACGCAGCCUCCAAUGGUCAUGCCCACUGUGUCUCAUUUCUGAUCAACUUCGGUGCCAACAUCUUUGCCCUGGACAAUGAUUUCCAGUCUCCACUGGAUGCUGCUGCCAGCAGAGAGCAGAAUGAAUGUGUUGGUCUCUUGGAUAAGGCUGCCACUGCCCAGAACAUCAUGAACCCCAAGAAGGUCACCAGGCUGAAGGAGCAGGCUCAGAAGAAUGCCAGGAGGCAGAUCAAAGAGUGUGAGAGGCUCCAGGAGAAGCACCAAAAUAAGAUGGCCCGCACCUACAACAAGGAGGAAUCUGGGACUCUUUCUUCUUCCAAGGGCACUUUCUCCAGGUCAUCCCUUUCAAAUGCUUCUGCUUCCAACACAUUCGGGUCACUGUCUAAGGGCAUUAAAGACACCUUUAAAAUAAAGUUCAAGAAGAACAAAGACACAGCAGAGCCGUUAGGGAAGGAGAGAACAAGUGGGCAGAAGAAUGUGAUGGAAGUGUUCAGAGAGGAGCAGGAGGAGGAGGAGGAGGAGGAAGAUCGCUUCUCAGGGGACUUCAGAGAGAAGCUCCAGUUCUCAGUAAAGGGAGACAGCUGGGUGCAACACGAAUCCAUUCUCAACCGUCCAGGUCUAGGAAGUGUUGUUUUUAGAAGGAACAGAAUAUUGAGCCCUGAAGACAUGUCAGACAGCAAGAGGGAGUUGGGGUUUAAAAUGCCCAGUGAAUUGCUUCAGAGACAAGGAGGAGCUGAGGCUGAUGAAGACGGAGCGGAAAACAACCGUGAAGAUGAUCUGCCUUGGGAUGAGGAUGAAGUGGAAUGGGAGGAAGAUGUGAGUGAUGCUACUCCCCUGGAAGUGUUCUUGCAGUCCCACUACCUGGAAGAAUUCCUUCCCAUUUUCAUGAGAGAGCAGAUUGAUCUGGAAGCUCUGCUGCUUUGCUCUGAUGAGGACCUUCAGAGCAUACACAUGCAGCUGGGUCCCAGGAAGAAAGUCCUUAAUGCCAUAAACAGAAGGAAGCAGGUGCUACAACAGCCUGGGCAGUUGGUCGACACCAGCCUCUGAUGGAGUGUUGGGUCAACUGGGUGGGUCUGCAGCAGUGGGGUGGUGCUGUGGCCCACUGGAAACAUUUCAGGCAUUACCCACUCUCUACCCAAUACCAGACUACUGGGUUUCUAGGGUUUUGGAGGUGUCCAUCAAAGAGGCCCAAAUUCUACUCUGAGAAAUACUCUAUAUCUCUCCACAUAAACCGCUAAUGAGAAACUCAAGGAGACCUGGGAAUAAGAAAAUGGCAUCUCUCUUCAAUUAUCUUUUUGAUAUUUUUGAAUACAGAAAGGAUGAAAUGGAUGACAGAGAAGGGAAAAAACUUUCUUCACUUUCCUAACUCUGGACUCAAAAUUAUAAUCUCUCGUCACAUUAGCUGCUGCUUAAUUCCUCAUCCUCAUAGUCUAGGGAUUCUAACUCCAGUUCUGUCCUUAGCUCUAUGACUUUACCUGUUGGUGGAGACUAAAGUUCCUCCAUUGCCCUGUGGCAUGAUGCCCAACUUAAAUGUGUCUAACCCUUCAACAGAUGUUUACAUGUUUACAAGUAAUAGAAAUGGGUCUAUAGUACUCCUGCCUGGGAACAGAGAGAAGAUGGCAGGUAGAGAGAGAGAAGAAAGAAACAAUGUAUGGUACCUGUAUGGACUGAAUUUUGUCCCUCCAAAAUUCUUAUGUUGAAACCGUAAUCCCUAAUGUGACUGUAUUUGAAGAUAAGACCUUUAUUAAAGAGCUGAUUAAGGUUAAAUGAGGUCAUAAAGGUGAGGCCCUAAUUCCAUAUGACUGUUGUCCUUUGAAGAGGUAGAGACACUGGAGAUGUGCACACACACAGAAUAGGCUAUGUGAAGACACAGCAAGAAGGCAGCCAUCUGAAAGCCAAGGAGGAAAGCCUCAGGAGAAAUCAAACCUUCUACCACCUUGAUCUUGGACUUCCAGCCUCCAGAGCUAUAAGAAAAUAAAUUUCUGUUGUUUAAGACACCCAGUCUGUGGUAUUUUGUUAACGGCAGCCCUAGCAGACUAAAACAGUGCUUAAGCAAGAGAGUCAGGGAGGAGAGAAAGAAGGAUACAGAAAAGAACUCUGGCUUGUUAGAUGAUUUUUCCUAAGGAUGACCAGGAAUCGUACACAAGUUUGGCUGCAACCAUGUCUUCCACCGCCAUUCCUGGAAUGGACAGAAAUCUGGUUCACCUUUUGAGCAACUUUUCCUCAAACAGCCCAGGUCCCAGAACUGGCAGUCCCCUGAUACAGUGUCCAUCAGGGUAACAAGGACUGACGCCCAGAGGUGAGUUCAGGCUUGAAGUAUUGGCAAAGGGCAGAACAAGGCAAGCAAUGCCCACCAAAGAAAUUUUACGUAUCCUUCAGAGGUGAGUUCAGGGGUCAGAAAACUUUCUGUAAAGGGCCAGAUGGUAAAUAUUUCAGGCUUUGCAGGCCAAUUACUCAACUCUGCCAUUGGAGUGCAAUGGCAGCCAUAGACAACAGGGAAACAGAUGAGCUUGACUGUUCUCCAAGAAAAGUUUCUUUAUGGACACUCUAG